AGUCCAACGUGAUUUGGGGCUCUUGCUAGCAUUUAAAGUCUGACUCUUUAAGCUACCUAAUGUACUUUUUUUUUCUCGAUCUCUUAAACAAUUGCCACUACGUGGUAUGAAUCUUUCUUUGUUAGAGUGAUAGAUCUAUAUAUAAUUGGCUUAAAAAAUCAAUUGGUAUUGACACGUACAAACAGCUUUUGUCACUGUUCAUAUCAAUAAAGUUUCCGUUCAAAAUUAAGGGGCCUUUGCGUUCGAGCUGUUAGCUAACUAGCGUUAGCAUUAUUACACACGAAUUGUUGCUGCUGUUACUGAAAGAACGGCAUAGCUCCAAAAUGGCAAACAAGGAGAUUAUAUAUGACAAGAUUCACUUCAGGCACGACCCAAGAUGGAGUGGGCGCCUGGGGCCUGCUGAGGGAGGCGGGCUGCUUCUCUGCGUGGCUUGUGUCAUUGAAAUGCUGGAAACCGAUGAGAUUUCAUCAGUCAGGAAGGCUUAUGCUUUGUCCGCUAUCAGUGGGUUGCUAAAGUGUUCUCCUGGGGCUUUGAGACAGUUGCUCCAACAAGACCACCGAGUCUCCAUUCGUUUUAUAGAUUCUCUACUGGGGAUGCUUCACACUAUGGUGGACCCAGCCACUCUGGAGAAAGUCGAUCAAGUUCUGGUUCUGUUCCUGGUGGAGCUCCAGAGUGAGCUGCCAUUGCACUACGUUUUGGAUCAAAUAAACAGACAGGUGAUUGACCAGCUCAACGUGAAGAGUUUCUUGCCAACGUUCAACUUCUUAGGGAGUUUGGUGGAAACCAUUCCCAGCGUUGCCUUCAUCUUAGUGACUCAAUACGUGCCCUUACUUGAGCGCCUGUGCUCAGUUUUGCUAUAUCCGGAUGAAGGGGUGAAGGCAUCAGUUCUCUAUGUUUGGCUCAAGUUGUUGGGGACCUCCGGGGGCUCAACAGCACAGUCCCUGCCGGUCACCAUUCGGGACAGAGUCUGUGUCCUGUUGCAACAAACCUUUGCCUCUGCCACUUGCCCCCAGCUCAUCAACAAUUGCAUUGCUCUACUGUGGAUUCUAGUGCAGUGGGGAGAGGCGGUUUCAGUUCUUAUGAGCCACGCUGGUGAUCAGUUCAUGUGCAGCCAGAAUGGGAGCACCAUUUCCAGCAGCCAAAACCAAGAGCAACAGACUCCCGACCACUGCCAUCUCCCCCUCAUCCUGAAAAAGUUACUCUUGAGUGGUGAUGAUACAUUGCAGGUGACCGCUGCAAAGUGCAUUGCAGCUAUUCUUGUUCAUUCUCCCACUCGGUACUGUGCUCCUUUUAUCAAAGCUGACAUACCAGAGUUUCUGUUUGACCGGCUGGCUGAUACAAGUAAUGAGGUACUGCUGUGGUCUAUCUACAGCUGUUUGCUGUUACUGAUUGAAGACCCACUAUUCUUCUCCCAGUGUCACGCAGUAUAUGGUAUUGAAUCCCUGGUGCGCAGUCUGAAGCAGGCACUGCAGCUGACUAACGUGGAGGUGCUGAAACAAGGGCUCUUUCUCCUCACUAAGAUAUUGGAAAGGCACCCCACAAAUCUGCACUUAUUCCUCAGUCCUCCAGCAUUUGUAGCGGUUUCAAAGGCUGUGCUUUGUGGACUUUCUUCUCCCUGCCUGAGUGUAGCCACACAAGCUGCCAGCGCCGCCUCCAAUCUCUUUAGAAUGAACCACCAGUCCAGACCAGUCCAGUACCAGGAGUUACAAGGACUUGUUGGGGCCAUCACAAAAAGAUUCCCCGAGCUUCCUGCCUCUAGCAGCCAGCAAAGUAGAGUGAGUCUGAAGAAGUCGGAGCACAACAGCCCGGAAUCUUGGGCAGAAGGAUUUAUGCUUCACUCCUCACUUUGUUUUCAGACUGCUUGCAGAUUGGCUGAGGAGUGUGCAUCAGAUCCUGUUCUGAAGGAGAACACAUUUACAGCGCCAUCAAAGAAGAGCCAUGGGCCUGACUCACUGGAGUCUCUAUGCCAAUGCCUGCUUCGGUGUUGUGACUCUCUGUGGAUACCCACUGUUGUUGGGAUGUGUGAAUAUGCACCCAGUCCUCAGAUACUACAGGUCUUCUACUCGGUCUUGUCCUCCCUAUUCGCCCUCGUUCCAUCUGCUAUGCCGGCCUUUGCAAAUAAAAUGGCGUCCUCUGGUUUCUACAAGUUGGCUUUGGAACACAAAGGGAUUUUCUGCGUGGGAAACAGAAACACACAUUUAAAUGUGGCUUGCUGUGAUUUCCUACAGAAACUCAGUAUGUGUUUGCUCUCCCAGUCAGUUCCUGCUUCUGGCACGUCCCAACAGGAUGCAGAAGAAAUAGAAAAUCUCCUGCAGUCCAAUCUUUCCUCACUGUGUUGUCGGCUCUCAGACUGGCCGACACUGCUUCGCGAGUCCCCGGGGCUCCAACUGUGUGAUUAUAAAGGUCCAAGAGCCACUCAAUACUGCCUGCUGAUCAUCCUACACCUCGCCCUGCAGCAAGGAGACAGGCUCCUCCCAGACCAGACAGUGUUUUCCAGUGUAGUGUGGCUCUUGCGUUCAGUGCAGGAGGAAGGCAGCAGCACCCUCCCUACCUUGGUCCUACGGUCUUCUCUUUAUCUGCUAGCGGUGACACAUGAUGAGUGCACCACGCUUGAUGGGGCUCCUUUGGACUGUAUCACCAAGGCUCUCUCCUCCUGUCAAAGUUUCUCAUCGCUUUACAUCCAUCAUCCUGCCGUCCUCCACUUCAUUUGCGGCCAUGCGCUGCUUAAAGAAAAAUUUGGGGCCCCGGUGUUGGAACUUUGGUUGACCAAACAAGCACAGUCCACAGAUGCAGAGCUGACUGUGACAGACAGACAUGUUAAGGAGAAUAGAUGUGCUGGGAAGGCGGAAGAACAGGAGCCCGCCACUGAGAUUGUGGAGCUUUUGUCUGUGUUAAAGAAGCACCCGUCUGUCAUCCUAAUCCUCCUGGACAUAGUCUGUAUCAGGGAGGCAUCGCUUGCAGAGCGAGCAAUAUCAGUUCUGAUGGUUCUAUUGGAUGGCCAGAGUGACUUUCAGGCAGACCUGUGUACCAGUCUGAAACCUGCCUUGCUCCGGGUGUUGCAGAAGCUCAGUGUCGAGAGUGUGGCCCAUAUACCAGGACAGAAACUUGUUGAAGAAGUUAAUUCCCUCCCUCUGGUGCUUAAGCUGCUUUGUGUAACACAUGCCAGCCUCUCACCUUCCCUAUCCUGCAGUACGAUGGACGAAGUUCACUUCAAGCUGUUCUACCAUGUCAGUAAUAUUGCAGGUCGGCUGCAUCAGUCCAAUACGGAGAGUCUGCUACCUGCCUUUAGCUACCUGUACUGCUGCCUGAGUCUCUCUCCUGCACACUGCACUAACAGAGCUGUCUCCAUGCUACUCUCCAACUGUGGAGUGAUGGAUCAGCUUCAGACAAUCCUCUCCUCAUCCUCAUCCUCUGCGCCAUCCGUCGUCUCUUCAGCUGCUUCUUCCUCAGCCCUGCUGUGCUGCAGUCAUCUUCUGCUGUCCUCCCUCAUCACUUUGCAGCAUGAGCACUCGAUCCAGGUUCACAAAAGCCUCAAAUGGAGUCUGGACACAGCUGUGCAGCGAAUACUUAUUCAGAAACGGAAUACAGACACUCUCUUGCUGGUGAGCUACUUGAGGUUGCUGCAGGCCUUACUCAAUGUUGACUUGACCACCACAUUGGUGUGCGUGGCCACUGGUCCAGGCUUAGUUGGCGAAACACCCCUGGAACUUGAAGAUGGUGCAUUAUUCCCGCUUGGCUCCAGAGGGGCUCGGUGCCUCUUAAUUGCUCUCAGUGGACUUGUUUUACAGAAGAAUGAGCUGCUACUGAGAGCCUCGGUCAACUGUCUAAAUUCCGUGCUUGGCUUCCUUCAGAGGAAGAGUCCUCAGACAGCCAAUUAUGAGGUUUGUCAGCCAUGGAGUCGAUUCCUCCUCUUGUGCCUGCAGAGCUCAGGAGAGAACGUCCUCCUGCACCCAGCCAUUCUCAGGGUCAUCACACUUCUUGUGCAGCAUGGCAAUAUGGUGGUACAGUGGGAGCCUGACCUGCUUCAGGUGAUAGAUGCAGUAGAGAAGAAAGGAGUUAAGAAGCUCAGCCAGGAAGCAUCACAAGCCCUCAGGCUACUCCUCACACAGAUACGGAGUGGUGUCUUUCAGCCUCCACCCACAGAGGAACACAAGCAGAGAGUCAGGAGUGUGAUGCAGUCCCUCGACUCACUGCCGCCCUCUGAGAGCUCCAGUUUGGCCUGCAACAUCUUACGUUUGGGGGAGGUGUCCAUCUGUUUGGCUGACUUCACAGUGAACAGUGAAAGUGCUGUCGAAAAGUGACACAUUUGGAAAGCAUUUGGCCAUCGUUAUCGUUAUGCUUCUAUUGCAAUGUCCUUUGUGAAUUCACAUGACCCAAUAGUAUUUACACAAACAUUUUAUUUACUGUGUAUAUUUGCUCACUAAAAAGUAGCAUUUGGAUGCUCCUAGAGAAACGCUGAAUUAAACCGACACGAUACCUAUCACUUCAACAUUGCAAAUGACACGCUAUCAAUCAAUCAGUACCAUGAUUUGACAGUCUUACAUUUGUGGUACAAGGGCUUCACAAUAUGUCAUGUUGUGCCUCAUGGACCUUGUAGUUUCAGUAAUCUUUCUCAAGCACUUUGUUUUUUAAUUCCGUUAACGUUUUUUUUUUGGUCUUU